AUGAUUCGCUGCUGCAGAAGCCUCCACGCGGGAAAUGGCACCAAGGGCAAUCAACCGCGGCUCCUCCUUCUCCAACCACCAACGGCUCUGCUCAAUAGUGACCGGGAAACUGGGCAGAUCAAACGCAGGCGGCGGACGAUCUCCCAGGAACUCAACCGGAACACCAUGCUUCAACACGUGCAACGUGCGGGCAUCGGCACCAAUGGCUUUCCAAGCAGCCAACCGCGAGGUGACGCGUGCAUGCAGGGGUGCAGCGGAAUGCGACGACAUGUUUUAGUGGGCCUGGCCCGAACCCACCGGGGGUUGGGCGCUACCAGCUGCCGCAACAGCACGAGCAGGCGGAAAACCGCCCCGGCCACCUCCACGACCCCGGCGCAGGCCACCACCCUGGCCCCGACCUGGGGCCUGAAACAGACCGCCAUUGCCCUGAUGCCUACGGGCCUCCCUUUCUGCCAGGACCUUAAGAGUCACUUUUGCCCGCUGCUUAGCAUACUCCUCGUCAAACUCACGGGUAACAGCAUCCACCAGCGGCCGCUCCGAAGGCGCAAAGUAACGCUGGUGCAGGGCAACGAGGCCAUCACGGNCCCUACGGCUAAAUUCCACCAAACAAUUGAUACGGGCCGAAAUAAGGUUAUGCAUCCAAGCCACAUCAUACAGCAAGGUAUCAGAGGCGCAGGUCAGGGCGACAACCCACUCUUGAGGUCUUGUUGCAUCUGGAGUAACAUUGCAGCGAUGUCCGGCCCAGCAACCGCCGCACCAGACAUAGUUGCCGCUCUCGGUACCGCGCUGGGCGCCAUUCCGCCUCCUAGCGGCGUAGCGCCGCCACCCAGCAGACCUUGCAUAUAUGGGGAAGGGGGCUGGGAACCAUAUUGGCCCGGCAUCAUGGCGCCAGCAACGCCGCAGAAAACGACAAAAACCGCUAAAACGGCUUGGACGGAUACUGCUACGGUUGCCAUGAUCUUCAAGACGAUGACGACGGAGCGAUAA